AUGGUUCGAUUAAAAAAUAUUUUCUAUAUUAUUUAUCUGAUUUCAAUUAAAAAUUUAAUAAAAUCACAAAGUAUAUGUCUUAAUAAUUCAUUUAUUACAUGUUAUUGCGAAGAUUUUCAUCCUCCAGUGACUUGUAUUGAAAAUUCUCCUAGUAAUGACAGUUUUAUCGAUUGGUCAACAUAUUCGCCACCUAAAUAUCAACAAUAUUCAUUUAAUUUUAUUAAUUUCACACGUUUAACAUCUUUUAUAUUUACAAACUUUUCCUUAACAUUUCCUUCACCUCCAAAAUUAGAAUUCACUUUUACCAAUGGAAUUGAUGAAAUAGCAGAAGAUAUCUUUUAUCCAUGGGAAUAUUUUCUAAAUACAUCAAUUCAUAUUAAAUUUCAAUCACCAAGAAAUUUUCAACUUACUGAUAAUGCUUUUAGUGGAUUGAAAUGUGAAGAAUUUCGUAUUGAUAAUAUCCAAUAUAAUACUAUUCAUAAUCUUCCAUAUAAUUUCAAUUUAAAAGCAUUUAAUCAAACAAAUAUUGAUAAAAUUAGAAUUCUCAAUUCAAAAGAAAUGCAAUUUAUUUCAAAUGAAUCACCUUCUUUAAACUGGAAACAAAUUGAUUUACAAAAUUGUUCUCUAACAAAUAUUAAUCCUCUUAUUGAAAGCCUCGUUUCUCAAUUUGUAACUGAAUUAGAUUUAUCAUCAAAUCAAUUAGUUGAUAUACCAUCUUUAGUUCAAUUCACAAACAUAAUUUAUAUUAAUUUAGAUGAUAAUUUAAUUGAAGAAAUUAAAUCAAAUAUUUUUACAAAUUUAACACAUGUUUUUGAUAUUGGUUUAUCAAAGAAUCGAAUAAAACAUAUUUCAGCUGAUGCAUUUCUUGGUAUGCAUUUACAUGGUUUAGUAUUAUCAAAUAAUCAAUUACAUUCACUUGAAAGUUUAACAAUUCAUAAUGANUUGGCUUACCAGUCAUAG